AUGGAUGUAAAAGUAACUCUAUGUUAUGUUGUUCUUUUAUUAUUUUCCAUUUCUUCAGCAGAAGAUGUAAAACUCAUAGUGAAAGGAGUGACAUCCAUUGGUAUCACAGAUAAUAAUUUUAUUUGUGCAACUUUGGACUGGUGGCCUGCUAAUAAGUGUAACUACAAUGAUUGUCCUUGGGGAAAAACAAGCAUUUUGAAUUUGGACUUGAAUAACAAAGUUCUAUCAAAUGCCAUCAAGGCAUUUAAUCCCCUAAGGAUCAGAUUAGGAGGUUCAGUGGAAGAUCAAAUUGUUUACCAAUUUGGAAAGCAAAAGAAAUGCCCUCAUUUCAAAAAGAGAGAAGGUGGCCUUUUUGGUUUCAGCACAGCAUGCCUUCCUAAAAUGAGAUGGGAUGAAGUACAUGACUUUUUUAACAAAACUGGGGUGAAAUUAAUUUUUGGGUUGAAUGCUCUCACUGGAAAGAAAAAUUCCAUGGAAGACAAGUUAAAUUGGGUGGGAAAUUGGAAUCCAAAAAAUGCCAUAAGUCUCAUGAAGUACACAAUAUCAAAAGGAUAUAAAAUAGAUUCGUAUGAAUUAGGUAGAAAUGAGCUAUGUGCUGAAGGGAUAGGAGCUAGAGUAGACAGUGUUCAAUAUGCUAAAGAUAUAACUAGGCUCAGACGUAUAGUUAAUCUACUAUACCCAGAUGCUUCUAGAAGGCCUAAAGUGUUAGGCCCCGGUGGUUUCUAUGGUAAGGAAUGGUUUGAAAGUUUCUUACUGAAUGUUGGUCCUGGUGUGGUUGAUGGAGUCACUCACCACAUUUACAACCUUGGUGCUGGUGUCGACAAGGAUCUUAUCAACAAGAUUCAAGACCCAUAUUACUUGAGCCAAGUUGCUGAAACUUUCAAAAGUGUUGCUCAAGCAGUUAAGGAAUUCACACCGUGGGCAACACCAUGGGUUGGGGAAGCUGGUGGAGCCUAUAACAGUGGUAGUAAAGAUGUGUCACACUCUUUUGUAAAUGGGUUUUGGUACUUGGACCAAUUGGGGAUGACAUCAACCUUAAACCACAAUGUUUAUUGUAGACAAACUCUGGUUGGAGGAAACUAUGGUUUGCUAAACACCACAACCUUCAUUCCUAACCCAGAUUAUUAUGGAGCACUUUUGUGGCAUCGACUUAUGGGAAGUAAAGUGCUUUCAGUUUCUCAUGAAGGAUCUCCUUUUUUGCGUGCAUACGCUCAUUGCUCAAAGAAAGGGCCUGGUAUCACUCUGUUACUAAUAAACAUGUCCAAUUCCACUACUUUCAAUGUAUCCCUCGUCGAUGAUAUGAAUUUGUACCCUGUCUUAGAGGCAGUACCAGGAAGAGUACCAAUGACUAUGAGGGAAGAAUACCAUUUGACACCCAAAGAUGGAAACAUUCAAAGUAAUGUGGUGUUGUUGAAUGGAACUCCACUACAAUUGACAAAAUCGCUAGACAUCCCAGAAAUGAAACCACGGUUGGUUGAUGUUUCUUCUCCAAUCAAAGCAGAGCCCGACUCAAUUAUAUUUGUACAUACCAAGAGCUUCAAUGCACCAACAUGUAGAUAA